AUGCCCAACUGCACCAGCGGUGAUGUGAAGCUCACAACUGGUACCGAACGACCGAUUGAACGGACACGGCAACGCAGACCCACCGAAGGCUAUUCGUGCAUUGACUAUGCUUCAUCACCAUCCGGUUUUUUGUACCUACAGAAAUUUAUCAGGAGGCAAAACUGCACGUCCAUCAACUGCAAGGACAUCCCAAAUGCAGUUGCAUGA